AUGGUAAAAUAUAAGUUGCAAGACAAUAAAUGGAUGAAAGAUAUGUUUGAUUUGAGAAGCAGUUGGAUUCCAGCCUAUUUUAAAGAUGUACCGAUGUCAGGUCUAAUGAGAACAACUUCUCGGUCAGAAAGUGAGAAUUCAGCAUUCAAUAGGGUAUCGCAUCAUGGUUAUACGUUAAACAAUUUUAUGAAUGCUUUUGAGUCUGUUAUGGAAAGGCAAAGGAAUAAUCAGAUCAAAUUUGAUUUUGAUACAUCUACUAUAGUUCCAAUCAUCAAAACACCUCUUGAAGAUAUGGAGAAACAUGCAUCUAUGGUAUACACCAGGACUAUUUUUCUAAUGGUGCAGAGGGAGAUUCUUCAUUCACUUGUUUCUUGUUCACAGAAGAGUGUUACAUCAGGCGUUGUUUCUGACAUAUGCAUUGUCAAACAGAAAAGGACAAAUAUAUCAAAGAAGAAGGUAUUAGUUGAGAAAAAAAAAGUUGACAUCGAUUCUGAAUGGAAUUUUAACACAAGUGAAUGUGAUUUUGAGGUUGAAUUCAACAGAGAAGAUCUAACGGUGAAAUGUUCAUGCAUGCUUUUUGAGCGGUUUGGAAUUUUUUGUAGACACAUCUUCUGUAUUCUAAAGAUUUAUGACAUACAAGAGAUUCCGUCAAGAUACAUUCUUAAGAGAUGGAGAAGAGAUAUUAUCCCCACCACAGUUUUGAAAAGGACGUUUAGAUAUAGUGAUUCGUCUGGAAAUGUUGAGAAGUUAGAAGAGUUCAUGCAGAAGCUUGAAGUUUUUAUGACUGAUAUUGGUGAACAAGGUUCAGACAAAUUACCGGUUACAAAAGAAGAUCAUAUUGAUAAACUUUACGGAGCUACUACGAAUCCUGAAGUUGUUGAUGUUGAAAAUCCACCUAUGGUGAAGAAUAAAGGUUCUGGUACAGGAAAACGUUUAAAAAGUGCUUUGGAGAAGGCUACUAUUCAAGGUAACAAGCAAUCAAGAUCAUGA